AUGGUGAUGGAUACUGAAGCUAAGAGCCUACAACAAAAGCAAGAGCGAUCUUGGAGGAACAAAUGGACUGCAUCACAGGACAAGCUUUUAGCUGACAUAGUAGUGAAACAGAUCGAAUCAGGAAACAGGAAGAACAAUUUCUUCGACAGGAAGACGUGGACCAACAUGCGUAACGAUUUCAAUAAGCAGACGGGUCUCACCUUCAACAACAAUCAAUUGAGGAAGCAUCUCGACGUUCUGAGACAACGCUACAACUCUCUGAAAUCGAAAAACGAGCUUGUUGUGGAAGAAGAAGAUACGAGAUCUAUGUUGGGGUUAAACUUGUGGGAAGAGUUUGGUGUACAGCCGAGGAGUGAGCCGGUUAGAGUCAAGGAUUGUGCCAUUUAUGAGCAGCUUUGUGUUAUAUUUGGUGAUGAUUCAGCUGAUGGUAAAUAUGCUCAGUCAAGUCACUUUGAAGGAUUAGAAGAGUCCAUGGCGAAUCAAACCUCAGAGAGUUUAUCAACACCAAACACAAACUUGGCUGAGAGGAAAAGGAAGAGAGAACCGGACUCAAACUCAAAGACUUCUUCGGUUCCGAACCAGAUCGAUCAAGCAAGAUUGCAAACCGUGGCUGGUGCUUUGUCUGAUAUGGUGACUUCUUUGAGGUCAAGGAUGGCUGAUUCGGUAACGGAAGAUGAUGGAUUUAGUAUCACAAACUGCAUCAAUGCGCUUGACGAGAUUGAGAAUGUUGAUGAAAGUGUCUACUUUGCAGCUUUGGAUCUUUUUGAGAAUCCUACUCUUAGAGAGACUUUCAUGAGUCUUAAAGCUAGCAACUUACGCUUGACUUGGUUGCAAGUAAAGUGCAGGAAACUUUCUCCUUCAGUUGCUUGA